AUGAACUCCCGACACAGUGAAGUAACGAAGGGUACUGUGGAACAAGUAUUUGUAAAUUCUACCCCCUUUAAACAACGCGAGAGCGACAACGCCACUACAAAAAAUGCAUUAUUUGACAAUUUUAAAGAGAAGGUUGAAUAUGAAAUAUCAAAUUUAUUGGCUAAACUCACAAAGCAAGACGAAACUAUCAACAUAAAUAAGCAAGAUAUAUGCAAAUUGCGUGAAGAAAAUUUGCAUCUCAAAUCACGUAUCUCCAAAUUAGAAGAAAAGAUGGCCUCGGCCUCCAUAGAAAAAUUCCCUGGUGCUAUUGAAAUAUCUUCUGUCACACCUACAACGCAGUACGUCCCCAUAAGCACUAAGAAAAAGGACAACGAAGACCGAAUACCGGAAAGUAAUGUGCCUAAUAUGCAGUCCAAUCCAGAAGUUAGUGUACCUACUUAUGAAAAUUUGACCUUGCAACCGCGAACCCAGCAGACAAAUAAGAAUCGUUACGACCGCCCACCAAAGAAUUCCACUCCUUGCCCAUUUCUUCUGCGUCGAGGUUGGUGUCGAAAGGGAGACCGAUGCGACUUUCAGCAUCUUAAACCAUCUCACAAUACACAUAAACAUAAUGUCUCCUGUCCUUUUUUGCAGAACAGAGGCUUCUGUCUGAAAGACGAUCGAUGUGAUUUCUCCCACGCUUGGGUACCAACCAGAAG